UCGUCAAUUGUCAUAAUAUAUCAAAAUAUUUUCAGCACUUUAGCUACUUUCUAAGAAGUUCGUAAUUUAAUAAAAAAAAUAUGGGUGAAACUGAGAAUGAUCCUUAUGCCAUUCCUACAAAGAGUAAACUGAAACUAAAAUGUGACACAUCUAUUAAGAAAAAAAAGAAAAAGAAGGACAAACUACUGGAAAAAGUUUCAAAAACUAUAGAAGCUGAAACAAAUACUCAACAAACAAUAGAUGAGCAGAAACCUAAAUUGACAAAAACUAAAGCAGAGAUAGCAUUUUUACAGCAACAAGAGAAAAUGAAAAUGAAAAGGAUAUUGGAAAAAGCUUCACAGACUCAUAAGGAACGAGUAGAGAAAUUCAACCAACAUCUUGAUAGUCUGACAGAACAUUUCGAUAUUCCAAAAGUCUCGUGGACUAAGUGAAUUCCUAAAAGUGUUUAUAGUAUUGUAAAACAUAACAUUUAUUUUAUAUUGUAAGUUAUCAUGAAUAUUAUUGGAUUAAAACUGAAAUAAAUCUGUA